AUGGCGUUAGUGAUAAAGUUUUGGGUCCUCAAGCAACAAAACGACAAGGUCUACAUGAUCAAUGCUAGGGAUCUCUCUAUCACAUGGUCGGAUAACCCUGAAUAUUGGUCUUGGCUCCCUUUUCUAAACGAGAAACCAAACGAGCCAGUGGUUGAGGCAGCCGUGUUGAAUAAUGUUUGCUGGUUAGAUGUGUCGGGAAAUUUUGACACAAAAGGUCUACUUUUGGGGAAAAAGUACGAGUGGUUUUCGUGGUGAAAUUAGAGGAUAUAUACCGCUUACGGAUGGAACAGGGACUGGGCACCCGUUAAGCUGAAGCUGGUCGUGCUCAAGUGUAGUGAGACACCGCAAGAGCAUAUUGUGAGUCUUGUGGAAUAUAUUGGGAAGCAGUGGAUAGAUAUUUCGGCCGGUGAGUUCAUGAUGUCGAAGGAGAACCUCGGAGACAUCACUUUCUUGUUGUAUGAGCAAUUGAGCAUGAUGCCAAUAUGUGGAGGUCAGGGCUUAUAG